CUCUCCUUCGAUGUGGUUUAAUAAUGGAAGUUCAAAUAUUUUUAGUGUGUUUAUAUUUAUUUUUAAGUAUUGUUUUUAUCAAUUGUGAUCACGAAUUAGAUCCUAAGCCACCAGAUAUUGGAUAUUCGUUAAAUGCUUCAUGCACAAAAGUAUGUUUUUCAUUUGAGUUACUUUGUAAAGAUAGUAUUUGUGUUUGCAAAGAUGGAUUUUACGCGGAUUAUGGAGCGGAAGAAUGUUUUAAGUGUCCAGGGCUUUUACAAAAGUGUGAUGUUUCAAAUUGUUGCCAAAAAGGAUUAGUGUGCUAUAAUAAUACAUGCCAGCAGGAUGUGAGUAUGAUUGAAUAUACAUCGUCCGUGGCAUUUGGUAUAGCUAUUGUUCUAGGAGUAAUUGCACUUGGAUCAGUUAUUUGGAAAGUUUUCAUAUCAACUUACAGAUUUGAAUCUGAUAGAAAUGCUGUUGGCCGUGCAAGCCAAAGAAGUAAUGCGAGUAUGAAUUCGAUACAACGAUUAGUGAUUGAACGGUUACAAAAUCGACCACCAUCUUAUGCUGAAACAAUGCGACAACAAAUAAUAUUAAGCCGAGGAGGAUUGGAUAAUGUUGAAGCACCACCUCCAUAUACAUUAUUCUGUCGAGACGAGACAAAUGUCGUGCCAAAUGAAUUUGUUGAGAUUAUGGAUAAUAAAGAGAAUUGUCCGAAUGACUUUGUUACUGAGGAUACCGUGGUUCAUAUUUAAGCUGAACUGAAAUCUAAAUUAUUAAAUUAUUUUUGUAAAGUGUUGAUUAAUUGUACAGUAAAUUAAAUUUUAAACCGUACUGAGACAACAAGGGGUUAAUGCGAACGCGGCCAACCAUUGCUUCGUGCACGAUUGUCCCUUCGCACAGAGAUCGAUUUCAAAAUGUUUGUAUACAUUUUUUUAAGAAAUGUGUUCAUAUUAUUAAUAAAGAAUAUGUACUUUCGAAAAUACUAAUAUGAACACCCAAACUUAACCGAUUUACAAUUUCUAAUCCGGAAAAUGUUAAAACUUUUUAAUUUCAAAUAUGAUUGAUCAUUGUGACUUACAUCGGAUAUUUUCCGCUACAUGCUCAAUGAAGUUCUAGCUUAAAACUAUUACAAUGAAAGUUAAGGCUGUUUAAUCACAAAAAUCGUUGCUUAUCUCAAUUUUUCUUCGGCUUUCUUUUUCAAUGCAUUGAAGAAGUUCUAUAAUGAAUUUAUUUCUCAUUGCUCCGAAUCGCGUUGUAAUAAUUAAGGUCACGAUACUAUCGCGGUUGAAAAGUAGUUUUAAUUUUCGUCAAUCUCUUGACUUAGGCUUUAAUUUUAACACGUUUAGGACAAUUUGUAAUUUAUUUACAUUCAAUGGUCAUUUUCAUAUUUAUUUUACCCGGAACUAAGUUAUACUUAGCAUGCGGCCGGAGACAUUUUGAGUUAAA